UUGGCUUAUUUAAUUUCUAGAAUCAUGAGUAUGGGGGUGGCGGAAUCUCCGAGGCCACCAAGUCCAAUUUUACAGAUGAGGAAACUGAGGUCCAGGGAGAGGAAGUGACAGAAGGGAGAUUCGAGCUCAGGUCCUUGGAACGCCUUCCCCUUUGCCACAUGUGUGGGCCCAUCUCGGGCUUGUCUCGGGGAGUGGAGAGUUGAUUUUCUUUUCACUUUCUGAUUUUGGGGCAGGUGAGGGAAGCCUGCCUCGACUCCCCCCUCCACCGCCUAGAUGAAAGGUGUCCCUAGAACACUCUGCUGGGUCUCUCCCUGCCCCCAUCCUUCUCCUCCUCACAAAGCUCCCUAGUGAAAGUCCCGGCAAGACAGAGGCAAUGUAGGCCUGGGCCACCUCCUGAGGUCCCGAAGGCAGAAGCAGCCUUUCUGAGCAGCUCUCGGUCAGGGUGUGAGGCCGGACCUGGGCAGGGCCAGGACACGCCUGGACACGGUUUCUAAGGGGAUGCUUCAGAUUCGAACCCUGAAUUUUUGCUGCAAAAGAAAUGAAAUUUGAAUCCUUCCUUGAUAACCCACAGGAAGGCUCUUGGAUUUUCUGUCCUUCCUUUUGGCCUGCGGCCUUUUUUCCUUUUCUCCCCAAUGCUGGUGGAGUCAGUGGACCUGGGUGUAAGUCCUCUUUCUCCUCCUGGUGAUCUCAGUGGAGUAUAAUGGAAAGAUCUGGGGUCAGAGGACCUGAGUUCUAGUCCUUGGGGACCUUAAAUGAGCUUCUCCCCCAUCUGGGCCUCAGUGGGUUCCCAUCAAAGGAGGGGCCGGACUGAGACGAGGGGCCUCCGAGAUGUCAUGUGGGUCUAAGUCGAGAAUUCUCCAAAGCUUACUAUAAGGGUCCGAUGAAGUAACUGAGGAAGGAAAUCCGUGUUCUUGUUGGGACUGUUAUUAGCAUGAGAGUCAUCAUUGUGAUCGUGGAGAUGUGCAGGGGGCAGAGCAGACGUGGUGACUCCAAUAACAAGUCCGUUUUCUCAUCCCACCGUCUAGGAGGACCUGAUCUUCACCAUGUCGGACCUGGAGAAAGCCAUGAUGGCCAUCAUCGAGACCUUCCACCAGUAUUCUGGGAAGGAAGGGGACAAACACAAGCUGAAGAAGUCCGAGCUGAAGGAGCUCAUCAACAAUGAACUCUCCCACUUCUUAGGGGAGAUCAAGGAGCAGGAGACAGUGGACAAAGUCAUGGAGACGCUGGACGCCGACGGAGAUGCCGAGUGUGACUUCCAGGAGUUCGUGGCCUUCAUUGCCGUCAUCACCUCGGCCUGCCACGAGUUUUUUGAGCACGAGUGAGAAGCCGAGCCGGCAGAGAUCCGGACCCGGAAGCCAAGCAGCCCCGCAGAGCUUGUGGUCCGCUCGGACCGCAGCCGCCCAGCCCCCUAGGCCGCUUUCUUAGUAGGAAGUCUGCUGCGCUUUGUGAAUAGAAGCGGGAGAGCCCGUGCCAGGAGCAGCUCUCCCCGCGGCGCUGCUUUGCCUCCCCGAUGGCCCCCUCCCCCACUCCCCGGCGCCCCGAGCCUCCACCCUCCGAUUUGCUCCAGAGAACCAAAAAGGGAAACCAGAGGAAGCAGAAGCGCGGACGCCCGCCCCCGCGCCCCUGGACGGAGAGGGGAAGAUUUGCACUCCGAACCCCUGGGCUUGUAGGCCGAGGGGCGGCCGCCCGGGGCCUCGCACACAGUAGGCGCUUGCUCAGUUUACUGGGUGCGAGCGCCAGUGGGAAUGUGGGAAGGCGUUGCCCGU